CUCCUUGAAGAGAACUGUUGGACCUGUAAUGCAUGUAAAACACCAUCAAACCCAGCGUGGAGUCAGGGACUGGUGACUGCGGGGUGUUUAGGACCAUGAGGAGCGCUUUGCGGAAGGAGGCUGGGGAAGCGGAGUAUUGGAGCGCGUCUUUUCUGUUGCUGCGCGCUGAUCCCCGGUGACGCUGCCGGACCGCUCCAACGUUGCACAUGUCCAGGAGGACUCCCUCACGCCUGGUCCCGGUAGGAUGAAGACUCGCUGAAACAACGAGGGGAGAGUCAAGAUGAGGAUAAAAGUGUGUCAGGGGGUUGGUGGCAUCAUCUUCAUUGCCAUGGUUACUGGAUUUAUGAUUGUGUACAACAGCAACUAUGGCGGGAUAUUACCUUCCUCUGUAUCCAGAUCCUUGUAUUCCAACCAUGUGGACACUCCAGCCACAGCCACAAAGAGACCGCCCCGUGUGCAAGCAUCCCCCCUAGAAGGGUUUGCAGGUGUCAUGGACCUUAAGCCUCUGAAGAUGCACUGCAGGACGUGUGCUCUCGUUACCAGCUCCGGACACCUGACUGGCAGCAACAGGGGCGAGGAAAUCGACCGCUCGGACUGUGUCAUCCGAAUGAACGACGCUCCCUGCGCUGGUUAUCACCUGGACGUUGGCCGGCGCACGAGUCUGCGCGUCGUGGCUCACUCCAGCCUUCAAAGGGUUCUGCGAAGCAGGCAGGAGCUGCUCAACGGGAGUCAGGACACGGUGUUUAUCUUCUGGGGGCCGAGCAGCAGCAUGAGACGGGACGGUAGAGGCCACGUUUACAACCACCUCAGACUGUUAAAACAGUCCGUGCCCAGACUGAAAGUGUACACGAUUUCCCGGGCCAAGAUGCUGAAGUUUGAUGAGUUAUUCAAAAAGGAAACAGGAGUUGACAGAAAGAGCUCCAACUCCUGGCUGAGCACCGGCUGGUUCACCAUGGCCAUAGCCCUGGAGCUGUGUGACAGGAUCAACGUGUUCGGCAUGGUGCCCCCCGAUUUCUGCAGAUCCUCCUCACAUCCCACGGUGCCGUAUCAUUACUACGAACCCUCGGGGCCAGAGGAGUGCUCCAUGUACCUUCUUCACGAGAGGAGUCGGAGAGGAAGCCAUCACCGUUUCAUCACGGAGAAGACCGUGUUUUCAAAAUGGGCUCGGACUCUGAACAUCCACUUUUACCAGCCGGACUGGAAGCCCGCUCCUGUCGUCGCAGAUGUAAACAGCUCACGUGCUCCAGGUCCGGCCGGAUCCUGAAUCUGUCUCCACAGGCGAGUUUCACAGAACACUGUGAAACAGCCAGGGCCGGCUCAAGGUUUAAUUGGGCCCUGGGCAGAGUUAGAUUUUGUACACCACUUCCAAACAAGAUCAUUUCCACCAAACAGUGCAGAACCACUUAAGCUAAAAUUACCUGUAAUGUGUCAAUAAAUA